AUGGGCGAGUGCAGGGGGAAGACUUUGGUCUCUGCUGUAAUGAUCCAGGUGAGAGGGGAUUGUGAUUUGGAUGAGAGUGAUAGUAAUGCAGUUAGCACAGAAAAUGUUAACCUAGGGAUAUUUCCGAAGCGAAAGGACGCACAGCAGGCGGAGCUGCUGCUGGAGCGUCUUCAGGAGGUGGGCGAGGCCCAAGCGGAGGGCCCCAGCAGGUUUCUCAGCAGCCUGUGGGAGCGCCUGCCUCAGAACAACUUCCUGAAGGUGACAGCCGUGGCGCUCCUGCAGCCGCCGUCUUCUCCCCGGCUCCAGGAAGAGGACUUGCAACUGGGUAGCCCCAGAACAUCCGGAGAGGGUAGUCAAGAGCUACUCCAUUGGCUUCUGGGGAAGUCGGAAAUCAUGGCUGCUUUUUGCCGCAAUCUCCCUCCCCAGCUUUUAACUUUGGUGGCACGCCGCCACCCAGCGCUCUCUCGUGUCUAUCUGAGUCUGUUGACAGACUGGGGUCGACAUCUGCACUAUGACCUUCAGAAAGGCAUUUGGGUUGGAGCUGAGGCCCAAGAUGUGCCCUGGGAAGAGUUGUACGAUAAGUUUCAAAGCCUCUGUCAGGCCCCUUCACCUCUGAAAGAUGAAGUUAUAACUGCCCUGGAGUCCUGUAAGGCGCAGGAUGGAGAUUUCGAAGUCCCUGGUCUUAGCAUCUGGACAGACCUGUUGUUAGCUCUUCGAAGUGGUGCAUGAUGCUGCAUUUAGGAAAAGACAAGUUUUAAGACUCAGUCCAGGCCCCAGUUCUCUAUGGGCAAUGUUCUGCUAUUAAUUAUUUGAAUAUGUAAUUUACAAAAUGAAAAUAUCAGUGUUCUCACCAAAUCU